AUGAAGUUAACCAUCUGUUACAUUGUACUUUCUGCGGGUCUUUAUGUUGGUGCAAGUGAUCCAGGACCUGUUGAGAGCAAGGCACCGGUCAAUGCGUCGAUGCAAGGGAUACGUACGAUCGAAUACGAUAAUGGUAUCGAGUUGGUCCUGGCAAGGCUAGAGACGAUUGAACAUAAAUUACAGACGUUGCAAAACGAAAUGCUCCAACAUCAAUCCAUCCAGGAACAAAAUCAAAAGGAAACGUUUACCGCCCUUCAAAAACUCGAUCAAGAUAUCGCGCUAGUGAGUUCCUUGUUGAACCCGAAUCAAUCCGUGGAGGAAAAGCAUCAUUGUAUCACACCAACGGAGGAUAGUAUCACAUCACCCGAUGAUAGUGUACCACCAACAACACCGAUACCAAAGCAACCUCCCUUUUCGUCAUGCAAAGAUGUUCCUUCGAACGUGUCGGGACCAUAUCAGAUUCGUGUGCAGAAUGAUAGUGCACCAUUCCAAGUGUAUUGCGAGCAGGAAUCGUUCGGUGGUGGAUGGACUGUGAUCCAGCACCGUUAUGAUGGCUCAUUGGACUUUUACCUUGGGUGGGCUGCGUUUCGCGACGGAUUUGGUGAUUUGGUUAAAGAAUUUUGGUUGGGAUUGGAGAAAGUCCAUCAAAUUACUAAAGGGCGUAGACAUGAGUUGCUCGUUGAAAUAAAGGAAUUUAAUGGAAUCUACGCAUACGCGAAAUACGACGCAUUUGAAGUAGAUAGUGAGGAUGAGCAAUAUGCCCUGAAGGAUCUUGGAAAGUAUAGUGGAACUGGAGGAGAUGGAAUGGCAGAUAACAGAGGGAUGAAGUUCUCUACCAAGGAUCGGGACAACGAUAGGUACACAGAUGGACAAUGUGCACAUUUUAAUGAAGGAGCCUGGUGGCACGGUGUGUGUACCCAUGCGAACUUGAACGGACCAUAUAGAAAUGCACGUACUUCAAAAAACAUGUUUUGGUACGAUUUCAUAAGUAACCAUCAUGGAUUGAGCUUCUCAAGAAUGAUGAUCAGGGAGCAGGAAUAG